GCGGCAUAACAGCAAGCGAACAGAAGUAAAAACAACACCGAGCAAGGCGGACGUGUGUGGCGCAUUUUGUUGAUAAAUAUUUAGAAAUUUCUGUGUGUGAGAUCUAACGGCAAAACAACAAACGCUGUUAUCAUAUUAUUUAUACUAACAAAUAUCGUACAGAAGGCAUAAAUUGUAAAAUUAAAUAAAUCGUGCAGAGUUGCCUUGCCCGCAAAAUUUAAACAAAAUAAGUGUUAAAAAAGUAUUCAAAACUAAAAACAAAAAACGAAAUUCAGUUAAAACAAUUCAAAAUAAGCAUAAAUUAUGCAACAUUGUUAACAAGUUGAAGAAGCAGCAACAUUCUUUGAAAAUCGCGCGCGUUUCAAUAACAGCAACAACGACAACAGCAGCAGCAACAACAACAAACAGCUGUCAACAAAAAUAUUUCGUGUUUUUUUAUCAACUUGCUUCGUUGUUGUUUUUGUUGCCUGUCAAUUUUUGACAUCUGCUCUCCUCCUCACUCACGUGUCGCUGUCGCUGUCAGUGUGUGUGUGUGUGUGCUUGUCACUUUAUCAGUGUGCGUGUGUCGCUUCAGUCUCGUCUUUAGUGUCAGUUUGUCAGUUUGUCGGUUUGUCAGUGAAGAAUAUAACGAAAACCAAAAGUUCGAGUGCUCUGUAUUAAAGUGUUGAAGCUUUUACCGGCAUUUUAAUGACGUCACGUCAAGACGCAGCAGCAGCAGCUAUAACAACAACAACAAAGGCAGCCGCGCAAUAACAGCAAAAGCAGCGACCACAACAACAACUGCAAAGUCAGCAAAGUCAAGAGAAAAAAAAAAAUAAUAUCAAGCGCGUCUUUUUUCGUCAGUUGCCAAUACGUCUUCUUCUUCGUGCGCUUCUUCUGCUCUCUCAGCUGUGCGCGUGCAAACAAAUAACGCAAAAGAAGUUGAAAAUUACACCAAUAACAACAACAACGACAACAACAAAUACAGCUUCAGCUACGUGUGAGACUUGUGUAUGUGUAACAACAAACAAAACAAGGCAAAUAAACAAAAGCAGCCUCAACAACAACAACAACAAACAGAGCGCCCUCUCAUCAGCUGUAGCACAAGAUAAUGUAAAAUCAGCGUAUGCUCAAUAAAGAAAAGCUUACCCAAAAACAAAAAGCCGCUAAACUUACAAACCUAAACAAAAACCAAAAUAAAGUUACAGCAGCGUAUUUGCAUAUGUAAAAUACAUAAUAAGUAUUUAUAUAUAUAAACGGUCGUUCGAAUCAAAAUUAAACAACAUUUACAACUCUUAGCCAAGAAAGGCUUCAAGUACCCAAGCUAUCAACUAUCAGCUAUCCCCAAGCUUUGUAAUCCACAAAUAAAAAAACAAACAAAAAAAAAACCGAUACAAGUGUAAGCGCUAAAAGCACAAAAUACGAACUCAUUCAAUAACGCUACCAUUUAUGCUAAAUAUAUAUAUAUGUAUACCUUAUAUAUAUAGGUGCUGAUCUGUGCUAAGAGCUGUUGAAUUUUAUGUGAAAAAAAAAGAAAAAGAAAAACAUAUACAUAUAUUUGAAAGCCAACGUCAUAAAGUAAAACGCGCAACAUUUCUAGUCGCCAGCUAAGCUAUCUAUAAAGCCUUCCCAGCUAAAAGAUAAUACAUAUACUAUAUACUUAAUAUAUAGUAUAGUUACUACUAUAUACUAUAAUACUGAAGAAUUGCCGCUGCAAUGGCCAACGUUGUCAAUAUGAACAGCCUGCUCAAUGGCAAGGACUCGCGCUGGCUGCAACUGGAGGUGUGCCGCGAAUUUCAGCGCAACAAAUGCUCGCGCCAGGAUACGGAGUGCAAGUUCGCCCAUCCCCCGGCCAAUGUUGAGGUGCAGAACGGCAAGGUUACCGCUUGCUAUGACAGUAUCAAGGGACGUUGUAAUCGUGAGAAACCGCCGUGCAAAUAUUUUCAUCCACCACAACAUCUGAAGGAUCAGCUCUUGAUUAACGGACGAAAUCAUCUGGCCCUCAAGAAUGCACUGAUGCAACAAAUGGGCAUCGCACCCGGCCAGCCGGUCAUAUCGGGCCAAGUGCCAGCUGUGGCAACAAGUCCAUACUUGACUGGCAUACCAGCCAACACAUAUAGUCCAUACUAUACAACCGGACACUUAGUGCCUACUUUGCUGGGACACGAUCCGACGGCCGUUGCCUCGCAACUUGGUCCAGUGGUGCCACAAACUGUUCAGGUGGCACAACAGAAAAUUCCACGCUCCGACAGAUUAGAGGUCUGUCGCGAAUUCUUGCGCGGCGCCUGCAAACGGGCCGAGUCGGAAUGCCGGUUCGCGCAUCCGCAGGAGAGCGUCGCAAGGCACGACGAUGGUUCCAUAACGGUUUGCAUGGACGCCGUGAAGGGCAGAUGCGCACGUGACCCCUGCCGCUACUUUCAUCCCCCCCUGCACCUACAGGCACAAUUAAAAGCGGCCCAAACACGCGCCACCGCUGUCGCUGCUGCAGCUGCGACCUCACCCCUUACGGCCCACCAACAACACCACCAUCUGCAACAACAACAACAACUGCAGAACAACAACAACGCCAUCACAACGGCCGGCGGCGUCGCUGCUGGCGCAACAACACCAACAACAACAACAAACAACGCUGCCGCUGCCGCUGCUGCUGCCGCCGCCGCUGCCGCUGCUGGCAUCAUGGGCCAUCAUCCACUGGAAGUGGGCAAGAAGCGGGCAGCGGAUCCUGAAAUGUUUCCACUGAUGGAUGUUAAAACGGUUGGUUCAUUUUACUAUGAAAAUUUCCAAUUCUCUGGCAUGGUACCGUUCAAACGUCCAGCUGCCGAAAAGUCUGGCAUUCCAGUGUAUCAACCCGGUGCGACAACCUAUCAACAAUUAAUGCAGCCCUACGUGCCAGUGUCAUGUGAGUAUCUCCCACAACAACAACAACAACAACCACAAGUUGCAAUAAGUAGCGCCAUAACAACAACAACAACAACAGCAGCAACAACAGGCAGUAAUCAUAAUAAUACUGUAACUGUAACUGCUAUGACUACCAAUACCAAUAUCAAUACCAAUACAUCAACAACAACAACAACAACAACAGCUACUAAUAAUAAUAUUAAUCGUGAUAAUCAAGUGCUAGCUAGCGAUUAUGAUGACACACAUCAGAAUCAAGAAAAUAAUGACACAACAGCAGCAACAAAAACAACAACAACAACAGAAACACCAAACACUGCUAACGAUUGUAAUACAACACAAACAAUUAAAACAACAGCAAACACAGCAACAACAUUAACAGCAACAGAUAUUGAUACAACAGGUACAACAGAUGACACAGCCACGCCCCCUGACCUUAACAAUGGUAGCGGUAGCCCCCUAACAGCCCCCUCUCCCCACGAGACAGCAGUCCUCUUGGGCGAACCCGUGACCCUGCCAAAUGGCGACAGCAACAAAUAUAUGUCAUAUAUUAAUAAUAAUCUGAAAUCCUUAAAUGGCGACGAAUUGCCAAACGAGGCUGAAAAUGGUAGCAACAGUAGCAACAGCAACAGCUGCAACACAAUAAUACCAACAAGCACAGCAGCAACAGCAACAGUUGAUGCUGAUUCUGUUUCCGUUUUGCCCGCCUAUAUUCAGGCCACGCCCCAACGCAGUUACGCGCCCAAACAUAAUGGUAGCGAUAUCAGCAGUUAUCAGCGCUACAAUCACAAUGGUCACAGCACCGGCAUAUUGCCCACUCCCACCAGCAGCAGCAGCGGCAGCAACAGCAACAACAGCAACAACAGUAGCAACAGUUGCAACUCUGCUGUCUCCUCUGUCGCUUCGUCGGUUCAGCAAUUGCAGCGUCUUAGCUACGCAAUGCCGGCUUAUAGUUAUGCCAAUUUGUAUAGCGGCUAUUCAAAUGCCACGCCCAUUGUCAGCAUGAGCAACAGCAACAUGCCGAGCAGCUAUGUCCAGGCACAACAGCAACAGCAACAACAACAGCAGCAGCAACAGCAACAGGUUGCUCAAGCUCAGGCUCAAGCUCAAGCACAGGCUCAGGCUCAGGCUCAGGCUCAAGCUCAUGUCCAGGCUGCUUAUGCCCAACAGGCUUAUGCUGCCUAUGCUGCUGCCGCAGGUCUGACUCCUGCCACAGGCUACUAUGCCGAUCCAGCGGCAAUUGCCAAGGAGGUGGCCCAAAAGAACUAUGCCAUGAAGGUGGCCAAUGCUGCCGUGAAGCCCGUUUCGGCUGCUUCUGCUGCCGCCUACACGGGAAUGACACUCAACAAGAGCUAUGUGGGUGCUGCGGCAGCACCGCAACCUGUGCCGCAGCCACAGCAACAGCAGGGUCAACCCAUGUCCAUGGCAACCCUGCUGCAAAUGCAGGCUCAGGCACAAGCUCAGGCUCAAGCUCAGGCUCAGGCUCAGUUACGUCAGUUUGGUUCCUUGCCCAGUUCGGGACUGUCCACCCCUGUGACACCUGGCACACCUUUGCGUGCCCCGAGCACCGCUGGUUAUCUUCAGAGCGCCUCGGCAGCAUUGUUGCGUGCCCCAAGUGCCGCUGCCCCCAUGCAAAUGGCCGCCAGUCCACAGCAGUAUGCAGCUGCUGCCCAGGGUUACUUCUAUCCGGGCGUUAUGACCGCUGCACCUGGCACCGCCCCCGCAGCUUAUGCCUAUGCCAUGCCCAGCAGCCAGGCUGCGGCAACGGCGCAACAAUAUGCAGCGGCUGCAGCUGCAGCGGCACAGAGUGGUGCACAAGGUAGUGCCAUGGUGCUGAAUCCGUACAAGAAAAUGAAGACCUCCUAAGCAGCUGUUUAAGAAGCUGAACAAGUCACUACAACGCAACUGUACUUAAAUACAUAUAUAUAGAGUGUUGGUCCACGUAUUUUUAAUAGUAGUUUAUAGUACACAUCGAAGACGUAAGAUUAUGUGCCUCAGUUUUGUCUUGGAACAUUAGUUUUUAGUUAUACCAUAUAUAUAUAUAUAAAGGGCUCUUCUAGAUAGCGUUAUAAUUAUAGAUUUUGAAUUACACCAUGACAUACAUAUUAAACAUAUUUAUUGCACAGAGAGAGCUUUUGAGCUUUCUUAACUUUGCAAUGCCUGUCAAAAUUAUGAAAGCUGCUUAAAGCUCAGUCAACUUAACUUUUAUUGGCGAUCUUUCAACCACUUUGAAAGCUUUCACACAGCUUCUAUAAAUGCUUUUAAUAAUUUAAAUAAUAUACUUUUAAUAUGCUGCUUUUCCAAGUAAUUCUCUUGCCCGCCAAUUAACAGAAAGGUUUUUGAAAAUUGAUUUUUGAUGCACUUGGAAAUACAUUUUACAGAAAAUACCAAUACUGUGACUUAAGUUGUUGCCAUUUUACAUAGUAUAGGCUAUAGAAGUUUGACGCUUUUAAAGCACUUUACUUUUUGGUUAUCAUAUAGAUUUAUAGUUAAGUUCCUUUUUUGAUCAUGUUUAGUAAGCUUUUAGUUUUUUAAUUCGAGAUCAUACACAAGAAUACAAUAAACUGAAUGAAACGGAAACAGAAUUAGUAACGAAACUGCAACUUGGUAUAACGAAGUACUGUGAUAGCUUGCACAAUACAAUAAUAGAUAAAGCAAACCAUUUUUAUUCCACCUCCAAGAUCAGUCCAUUAAAAGGUUUAACAUAUGUCACUUCUAUCGAAUAUGUCAUUAAUAGGAAAACAAUACAAUUAAAAUACCAAUUGCUGUUGGGUACUUAUUGUUGGUCUGCAAAUGUUUUUGCCAUUAAGCUAUCAUUGCUAUCUCUUGUCGUCUACCUUUCAGUUCCUCUUUCAGUCUGACUCUCUCUCUAUCUAUCUCUGUCUCUCUAUCUCUCUAGUUAUCAGUCUGUCUCUUCAAAUAGUUAGCUCAGUAGUUAGCUAUCGUGAAUGCUGUUGUAAUUUUAAUUGUUUUGAAUUGUUGAACAACGAACAUGCGUAACGAAUAUUGCCUAGUUUUAGAAAGUACACCUAUUAUAUAUAUACCGAUAAUAUAUAAUAUAUUUAAAUUUAAAUUUACAUACAUAUAUAUACACACAAAAACUAUAAUAUACAUGCUGUAUGCUGCUAAUAUAUACUUAUAUAUUAUAUAUAAUACAUAUACAACAUCAACACUAUGUACUCUAGCUGUUUGCACACUCUCACAAAACCAAAACCAAUCUACACGAUUAGAACAUGACGAAUAUCGAUUUGUAUGUAAAUCGUAUAGCAAUCAUAUAUACAUACAAACAUAAACAUAAACAUUCAUAUUCGUAGCCCUAGCUAUACAACGCUCAUACUAAUCUAUCAGCUAUCAACUAUCAAAACCCAAAAACCCAGAUCCAAAUCACAAUCAUAAUCACAUACACACACGCACACUCACACAUUUUUAUCCAAAUCACAUUCAAAAUGUUAAGCCAUCAAAAUUAUGUUAUGUUUAUGUUAAUGUUAUGUUCAAGAUUUUGACUCCUACUAUUAUGUUGACACUUUUAAAUUUUAAACUAUGUACAAUUUUCGUUUUUCCUAUCUCUCGAUGUAUUAUAACAUGUUAAAUUUUUUAAUAUACUUACUUAUUUAUACAAAAUUUACAUACACGUUAUGUAUGCGACAAAAUAAUGUAUGUUUAUAAAAAUAAAAUCAAUGACAGCAGAACUAUGUUUUUUUAAAUUAGAUCUCGUGUGAUUUUCUAUAUAUGUUUUCUAUGUAUUUUUUACGUUAUGAAAUUUAUGUACUUACAACUAUUGCAAUUUCUAAAUAGAUACUUUGACGUUUAUUGUUUUUUGUAUUUUCCGCUACAUAAAUGACGGAAAGUACCUAAAAAAAACAAAAAAAAAAUAAUGCCACUUACUUGCGCACUUAGAUCUUAGAAACAUCUUUUUAACGCUCUCUGCGCUCGAAGUUGAUAAAUUCGAUCAUUUAUUAUUAUUAUUAUAUUAUUAUAUGAAUAUAAUUACACAUACAUACUUUAAUAAUCUCUGUAAAAUUUCGUUUAUUAUUUAAUUUACGUUACAUCAACCAUAUUUCUAGUAUUUACAAUGAUUAAAUGUUUGCCACUAAUUCUAAUUGAAUUGUCGAUAGUUUUUAUUAAUGUUUAUUUAAAAUAUCGUGUGUGUUUUUUUAAAUAUAGUUUGAUCCUUAUAAAACAAAAAAUACUUUAUUGUGUGUUGGUAUUUAUUUUAGUAUUCACUUAAAUUUCUGUUGUGCCGCUUCUUACACAUCUACUUAUUCUACCAUUUGACUUUAAUUCUAUUCAGAUCACGAGCCUUUUCAAAUGAAAAUAAAUAUAAUUAUUCACUCAACGACACGUUCGCCACAUGCCACGCAUUUAAUAUGCCGCGCUUUAGGCAGAGCUGCAUUUACGGCCAUCUUUUCUAGCUUUUUUUUAUGUUUGUGCUAUAUUUGCGCAUAUCCCAGCUUUGAUUAGCAAUGCCUAUCUAAGUAUAAAACCUGAAUACUUUCCUAAACAUAUUUUUUACAACAAUCCAAAACAAACACGUUCUAUCUUCUGUCUUGACUGUCCUUAAGCUGCUUCAACCUUUUUGCUUUUUCAUAACCCUUAACCUUCGCAAAAGAAAAUAAAAAUCGUAUAUACAUAUAAAAAUGGAAAAUCAUCCUAUCUCUAUAUAUGUUUAGCUCUUAGAAUAAUGGCAAGCAAAAUAAGUAUGCUUACCGAAUACUAUUUUGGUUUAGUGGUAGAAACUAGCUGUAAAAUCUAAAAAUAUAUUCAAAUAUAGCUAUUAUUGCUUGACUUGUGGCAGGCUUAAUACUUACGUACAUAUACUAUAAUACAUAAUAAGAACGAUGCUUAUCUAACAUACAGCAAAUCCGAAAAAUAUGAAACUAUUAUAUACCAAGCAUAGCAGAUACUUACUACAAACAAUCGAUAUGUCUUGCUAAAAGUACUUAUACUAAUAUUAAUCUCUAUAUGUCAAGUUCUCUAGCUGUCGUAUGUUUUUCGUUAAAAUUGUAGAAUUGUUGCUAUUUAGCAAUUUGGUGAAAACAAUAAUCAUAGAGAUCUAUGUGCAAAACACAUUUAGAAAAUACGCUACCAGUAAACCAAAGGAACUCUACCUACACAUAUUUCGACACUACACAACACUGCAUGUUUCUAAGCGCGACGCAGCCUAUAAGGCAAAUGACGAACUUGUAUUUUUAAAUAUGUAUUCGAAAUAAAUUUCUUAACUUUUUUCACGCGUGGCGAAAUGUUUAUGCUUUCUUGAAUUUAUAACUUCCAAUUUUCAAAGCACAUUUAAACAGAACAACAGUUUUCCAUUCUGCUUCAACUAAUACACAUAAUAGUUUUAAAUUCCAAAGCAAAACACUGCACACAAAACUAAUACGAUAGUAAAGAACAAUUACAUCGAGUUAACAGUGCAAAAAUCAAUAUAAAAAACAGAAAUCAAUUGUUAGUCAUGAAGCUGAAUUCAUGUUCAAGUUUUUGAGCCCUCGAAGCUCCUUACACCAUACGAGGCAGAUUCUGAUUCAUUUAUUCGAGUUAGUUAAAUUUCUUAGGUAACAAUUCAAGUACAGUACCGUCCAUUUAGAAAAAAGUGUAGCGUAGUAUCGCAUGUCCACAAUAGACUUCAAGUUUAUAUUUUGUACUCGUAGAUGAAAACUAAAAAAA